AUGAGAUCUCACACCCUUCAACUUUUUCCCAUUCUCUUUCUAAUAUUUCUCACCAUUCUGUGUUUUGAAUCCUUGUUUCUUUUUCAGGGAAAGGAUCUCUUUGCAGAAAUGGACCUGGAUUCCUGUGAGGCAGAGAGGCCUCCGUUGGACACCAGAGAGAGUCCACUGGGUAAGGAGGAAGGUGGUUUCCCCCCAUUUGGUCUCAUUCUGUUGGUUUUCCAACUCAUCUGGGGGUUCUUUUCAUCUUCUUUUGGGGGGAGACAGUUGGGAACAAGGGUCCAGAGGAGGGGAGAUGUAUUUCUGCACAACUAACAUAUGAAAUGGGCACAAACGUCCAAAUGCUCUCAGUAGGUAAGGCUUUCUCAAAGGCCCAUCUGUAGUUAGAGAUGCCCUAUUUCACCUGUGAGAGAAGCAGGCACUCCUGGCGUCCUGCUUACCAUUUUUCUCUUGCAGGUGACAGAAUGAUGCCGGCAAGACCUCCUGAUCUGUCUUUUCAUGGGGGCAGAAGGGAAGCAGCAGCUGUGGAACCAGAUCAGGUCAGGGGAAGCUGCCUUGUGGGGACAGAGGCCGAGGGAUGGAGCAAUAUCAUGCACUGGUUGGGGACAGAGGAAUGGUGGGAGGAAGCAGCCGGGGAACCAGGAAGGGAAGACGGCUCAGAGCCGAAGGAGUGGAGGUAGAAGAAGGAUGAGCGGUCAGAGGGAGAAGAGGGAGAACCCUGGGAAGAGGAGGUGUCAGAAGCUGAAGGGCGAACAGGGCUUAGUGAGCUGGGAGACUCUGUGGCAGAAUGCAGUGCAGAAUCGGAGGCAGAAGAGGAAGGAAGCGAGUGGGAGGAGGGAGGUCGGGAGGCAGAGGUGAGUCAGGAUAAGGAAAAGCCACCGGUGGCUCCCUCUCCUUUUUCCAGAAGCCCCCCUCCCUGCUCGUCUCUCAGAGCCAGGAGACCCCCUGCAAUGCAGGAAUCUCUGCUAGAUCAUCCAAGACAGAUGGCCAUCCAAAACAGGCUUAUUUUAUUUCUAGAUUGAUCACUGAAUGCUAAAAUCGGUUUCUAAGCAGUGAACAAAUCAGAACAAAUAGUGGCCUGGAUUCACCUAACCAGCCCCAUUGGCUGCAAAAUGGGGCCUGCCCCCUAUUCCUCCCCCUCUCCAUGCCCCCAUGAAUUCCUGGAAUUUGGCUCUAGGGCAUUGGGAGGGGACUCCCCAGAACAGCUCAGGAGGAGAGGAGAAAGUGGAUCCUUCCAUUGGGGAAACUGGAAUGCUUGUGUAGGCAGAAUGACUUGGAAAACACAAGGUGGAGUACCACCUAUUUGCACAAAGAUGAACACCCAUAAUUAAAACGGAAAAUAAAAUAAGCAUCCAGAAUUAAUAUGUGCAGCAAAGCAAUCCUAUUGAAACAACACCACAAUUAACAGGAAAGACCGAACAGAGCAUUGUGUAGCAGAUUAUAUUUCUGCUGUCUCAGAGGAGGACAUUUCCCUUUUUGUUUUAGGGUCCAUUGUGCUUUGAAAAUGUCGCUGUUGGUUUCACAGACAAGGAGUGGGCGUUCCUGGAUCCUGACCGGAGAGCUCUGCAAAAGGACGUCAUGGAGGAGAAUCCUGGGAUUGUGACCUCUCUUGGUAAGGCUCCCUGUGGGAUCGUCAGAUCUGCCUGGAAAUUCAAAAAAUACCUCUAUGGGACCAACCUCAUAUAUUUUCACAGAGCUCAACAGCACCCCCUGUAACACCUGGGAACCUAACACCCCCACAAUAAAGAGUAAAUUACAGUUUUUUCUUUGAACAAUCUUCCUCAAAUUAUUCCUUUUUCUGCCAUGAUUGAGCUGCUGUGAACUUCCCAGGCCAUUUUCAAUGUCAGCUUCAGAAUUGUUAGGAAAGCUAAGUAGCUUCCGGUUUUUGUUUUUGCUCCUGUCAGUCUUGGGUUGACCAAAGAGAGGACUGGCAGUGAAGCUCAGGUGCUGCCAGCCAGAGAAUAAGCAGGCCGAGGGAGAGGAGAGUUAGCAGCGGAAGGCAGAGAGGAGGGGGAGAGGAACUGUCAUCUGAGCUCUGAACAAAGGGGAGAAGAAAAAGAGAGACAGAGUGACAGACAGCUGUGUGAGAGCUACAGGAGUGAGUCAGACGCUGGAAUGCAGGAAGCAUUCUCUGCCAAAUUUAAAGAUACUGGAAGAGAAGGUGGGGGCUUCCGUGCUGGGGAAGGGGGAGGAGCUCAGUCUGGGCAACUCCAUCUUGUGGGGAGGACGGUGAGUAGAGGAGCUCCGUCCAAGUUUGUUGUUUUAGCAAUAAAUCUGAAAUUAUUAACAGCCAGAGUCGUCUCACGUUUGUGGGAGAGACCAAGCCAUAACAAGGACUGACAUUGGAGAUGGAGGGGAUGCCAUGACUGGGCCAAAUAAAAUCCAUCCCAGAGAAGAGCUAGGCUUAUGGAAUCUCAGGUAGUAGUAGCAGUGAUGAGGAUGAUGAUGAUACAGUGGUACCUCGGUUUACAAAAUUAAGCUUUUCCAGAACGGGUACCACUGUAGUAAUAAUAAUAAUUUUUAUUUCUAUGUUGCCCGUAAUAAUAAUAAUAAUAAUAAUCUGAUUCCAUAUAAAAAGAACAUUAACUUUAAAAUGAACAACUUCUACUAGUGGCCAAAAUUGUGGAAACUUUUUGUGAAAAGUGUAUUUCUGAGGUUUGAUGGCUCAUAACUCCACCUUUGUGUGGAGUAAUGCCAUAAAAUUAUAUAGCAAUGGAAAGAUAAUUUAAUGAAGAAUGUAAUGCAGUCAUAAAGAAAAAAUGUGAAACCUUUGGUAACCAUUGGUAACCUUUAGCUUUCAUUACGGCCUUACAACACCUUCCCAUGAAGUGAAUCAAGUUUUUAGUUCUGCAGUUGUAAUAAUGUGAAACAAAGACUGAAUUAUUGCCUCUGUUAAUUGGGCUUUAUUGCUGGGUUGCCUCUGUUUAAAAUGUUUCUUUAGUCGACUGCAUAGAUUUCCAAUUGGGUUAAAGUUUUGGCUAUUCCCAGGCCAUUCCGGCAGUGGAAUAGGAUUAUCUUGAAAGCACUUUUUCAAAACAGCAGCAACAUGACAUGGAGCUGAAUCUUGUUGAAAUAGAAAACAAACAAACAAACAAACAAACAAACAAACAUAAAUGCUUCAGUAUCUGGGUAAAGAUCACCUGCGGAACGCUUCAGUUUGGGCUCAAGCUUUUCGUUUAUGUAUUUGGGGGGUAUUUAAAGUCCAGUCGCGAACGACUCUUGGGUUGUGGCGCUGCAGUAUUGGUGUUAAAUAAGUAAUGAUCAGACGAAAGGCAUCCUGGAAAAAGGAGAUUGAUCUGUGUGUGCAGCUGGUCUGGAGAGCCACCAAGGUCAACUUGCAUGACCCUGAAAGGCUGAUGCAAUGUAAGAACCUAAGAAUGCAAGAGUCUUGCUGGAUCCAUAUAGGUCCAUAUGAGGUCCAUAUAGUUCAGCAUCCUGGUCUCAUCUCAGGGACCAACCAGAUGCCCCAAUGGGAUGCCCAUUUGAGAUUCCCAGCAAGUGGCAUUCGGAAGCAUAUUGCCUCAUGCAGUGGAGGUCCAACACUGUAGUCCUACAACAGCCAUGCAAGGUGGGCCAGAGCCCUUGGUCUGGAUAGAGACAGAGGCUUAAAGCCCCCAGCCCUUCACACUAGGUUCUGUGAUAAUAAUUUUAAGGUCUUAAAGGUAAAGGGAACCCUGACCAUUAGGUCCAGUCGUGAUCGACUCUGGGGUUGUGGCACUCAUCUCACUUUAUUGGCCAAGGGAGCCGGCGUGCAGCUUCCGGGUCAUGUGGCCAGCAUGACUAAGCCGCUUCUGGCGAACCAGAGCAGUGCACGGAAACGCCGUUUACCUUCCCGCUGGAGCGGUACCUAUUUAUCUACUUGCACUUUGACGUGCUUUUGAACUGCUAGGUUGGCAGGAGCAGGGACCGAGCAACGGGAGCUCACUCCGUAGUGGAGAUUCAAACCGCUAACAUUCUGAUUGGCAAGCCCCAGGAUCUGUAGUUUAGACCACAGCGCCACCCGCUUCCCAUUUUGGUGGCAUUUACAUUCCCAUUAAUGACGCAAAUUCUGCCCACACCUUUUGCUGCCAUACAACCCCAGAUCAUCACACUAUCUGGGUGUUUCACGGUCGGUGUAAUGCAAGUAGCAUGUAAAUCUUCUCUGAUUCUUCUCCUCAUGUAUUUCAUGCCAUCACUACCAAGCAAGGAGAUUUGGGUCUCAUCGCUCCAAAUAACAGUGUCCCAUUGUUCCACUGUCCAGUUAACAUGGGUUUAAUCUUUUCAACCUUUGAUUGAGAGAUAACAAUGGCUUUUUCCUUAGAAUUCUAACAUUUUGACCAGUCCUUGUACUCAACUUCACAUUGCAUCUCGCCAUGUCAUCUUGUAUACACCCAGAUGAUUUUCUUCUGUCAGGUAGGAACAGUCUCUCCAUUCUUCGAUCGUCACUUGCCUUUGUGCACCUUUUCCUGCCUUUACCAGUCUGAUUUUGUAGUGCCUGAGUCUCCAUAUACAUCUUCAAAAAUAUAGAAAUGCCAGCUUUGGUUAUGUUUCCCCCAAUCUCUCUUCAAAUUUAUUCAUAAUUGUAGCCUUGUUCACGUAAUAGUACUAUUUUACAUUGCUUUCUGGGUGACCUGUCAACUUUUUGUGCCAUUUCUAUAAUUUUAUUAGGUUUACAACCUCACUAAAUGAAAGAACACAAAAAAACCCAACCAACUUGAUAGCAAUCACAUAACACAUUGACAAAAGUCAACCUAAGCAAGUUGUGCUUCCUUUUUCUGCUUAUUUGACUAUAACAUUUGAUAAAAUACAGGUAAUUGAACAAACUUGCAUUCUUGAUGGAUUGCAUUCUUGAUUAAAUUAUCUUUCCAUUGAUAUACAAUUAUAUGUUAUUCCUAUAAAAGAAGUGGUGUUAUGAGCCAUCAAACCUCUGAAAUACACUUUUUUCCAAAAGGCUUCCACAAUUUUGACCACUACUGUGUAUCAAACAAAGCAACAUUCAACAACUCAUCAGAAUCUAAUAAUAAAUAUGUUGGUUAUCGACAAGCAACACAGGUAAUGAACACACACCCAACUUGAAGCGCAGCAUAAAUUAACAAUGCAGAGUUUUUAAGUGAAAGAAUAAGAGCUUUACUGAGCUAAAAUAAACUUCUUCACAAAAACAUGGUUCCAAACAGUUUGACUGAGAUUACAUACUGACUCUGCUCACAACUGAGGCAGACUGACUCUGACUGAAAUCUUACAGAGAACACAGAGAGAAAAUGGCUGCUAAGUCACAUGUCAGAGUGACUCAACAGUUAGCAGUUAGGCCUGAAUGACUUUAGUAGACCCAAAUGAUUGUGCAGUCCCAGCACUUCCCAGCCUGCUUUGCUGCUUCUGCUCUCAUGUGUCUUUGUCACAUGACACUCCCCCAAAGACCUAGAGAGCAGAAGCAUAAACAUGAAAAAUUAACUUAUUCAUAUACUUUGUCCACAAAAUUCAGCUUUGCAAUCAAUUCAACAUGUUGCACCCUAGGGAACAGCAUUAUUUAUUUUGUAAAUAAAUCAGAGAAAUUAUCCUGUGAUUGACAAUAAACAAACUUAAUCACAUUACGUUGUAUAUGGUCUUUAACAUUGCAAAAUUUGGUGGCCACGUGUUUUGCACGUGCUGAAGUGUUCCCUAUGAUUAUCCUCAUAGAUUGUCACAGGCUGUUGCACUUCACAUCCCAAAUCAUUUAAUACCUGGAUGUACCAUGUGACUUCGUCACACGCUUCAGAUAAUGCAGAAAAUUCUGCCUCACACGUGGAUGUGGCAACCAAACCUUGCUUUUUGGAUUUCCAACCAAUUAGUGAAUUUCUAAACAUGACCACUAGACCGCUGGUUGAUUUUCUCGUGGGUGGACAAUUUGCGAAGUCACUGUCCACAAACACCUGCAAACCACUUGAAUUAGAUGCAGAUAAUUUUAUACACUUACUCUGUGUACACUUCAGGUAUCUCAGUAUUUGCUUCACAGCAGCCCAAUAAUUUACACUAGGCUUACUUUUCUGCUUAGAAUGCCUACACAAAAUGAAAUAUCAGGCUCAGGUACAGAAGAGAUCUUAUUACCGAUUGGUAUAAAUCUGGUUAGGGACGCGGGUGGCGCUGUGGGUAAAACCACAGUGCCUAGGACUUGCCGAUCGUAUGGUCGGCGGUUCGAAUCCCCGCGGCGGGGUGAGCUCCCAUCUUUCGGUCCCAGCUCCUGCCCACCUAGCAGUUUGAAAGCACCUUUAAGUGCAAGUAGAUAAAUAGGUACCGCUUUAUAGUGGGAAGGUAAACGGCGUUCCGUGUGCUGCUCUGGUGCAGGCUCGCCAGAGCAGCGAUGUCACACUGGCCACAUGACCCGGAAGUGUCUGCGGACGGCGCCGGCUCCCGGCCUCUAGAGUGAGAUGAGCGCACAACCCUAGAGUCUGUCAAGACUGGCCCGUAUGGGCAGGGGUACCUUUACCUUUACCUAUAAAUCUGGUUGAUCAAACAAAACAUCACUUUCAGUCUUUUGAAAAUCUACAGUCAUAGGGGUUUGCACAGCAUUACAAUCCUGCAUUUCUAGCUGUUCAAGCAGACCUUUAAUCUUUUGCUGUUGGCAUAUUAAGAAACUUCCAUCUGCUUCUCUGCAUAUUUGGACCCCUAAAUAGUGACUUAUUGGUCCUAGGUCUUUCAGUUUGAAAUGUUUUUCCAACUGAUUUGCUAUCUUUUGAAUUUUACCUGUGGGACUACCUGCCACCAUCAGGUUAUCUACAAAGAUCAAAACCAAUAUGUAAUUGUCGACUGAUCCUUUUGUAUACAAGCAAGGGUCAGCAAUACUUUUAAAUCCAAGAUUUGAGUUGUGUGUUUAUACAAUCGUUCCAGCAUUUAGCACUUUGCUUAAGACCAUAGACAGCUUUGUCUAAUUUCCACACCAAAUCAUUCUCCUCCUCAAACCCUGGGGGUUGUCCCAUGUAUAUCAUCUAGUCCAGAGGAGCAUUUAGAUAUGCAGAAGUAAUAUCAUAAUGACUCACUUCCAAUUUCUUGUCAGCUGCAACAGACAAACCAAGCCUCACUGAUUCUGCCUUGGCAGUGGGCGCAAAAAGCUCAUUAUAGUGUAUUUCUGGUUUUUGUGCAAAACCUUUUGCUACCAGUCUAGCUUUAAAACGUGUGUCAUCAGACACCUGAAUCUUCCUUUUAAAGACCCACCUGCUAGAAAUUCACUUUUUACCUGGUGGCAAUUUGGCUACUGUGUAAACCUUAUUUUCUUUAAAUAAUCCCAAUUCUUCUUUCAUGGCGUCAAACCAUUGGGUUUGUUCCUUAGAAGGUAGUUUCAGACCUUGAGCAAAGUCCUGCGGCUCUGUACAAUUAACAUGACACCAUUUGUUGCACCAAAAGUCAAUUUAUCUGGAGGGAUACCCUUGGUAGUCUGUGUGGACCUCCUAGGAAUAACCACUGGGCUUUCCUUCUCUUGUUGCUCCUCCAGUUCAUCAUUUUGUUGUUCCUCUGAUUCACUGCUUGUGGCACUUUGCAAAGUGUCAGUGUCUGAGGGCAAAUUUCCCCCACUUUCUAGCCUUUCUUCAGCAGCUGGCUGCCUGAGAGGCUCCUGUGGCUGUUCUGAGAGAGGAAUUAAAAUACUAGGAUCAGCAUGAACCUGUUCCCACCUAUCCUGUUCAGCAAAUUCAGCAAUUUGUGAAAUGACUACUCGGCCACGUCCCAAAGCAAAACGAUAAUGCCUGCUAGAAUAGCCCUGAUAGCCAAUGAAACGUAGCUUUCUGGUUUUAGGCUCACCUUUUCAUCUCAGAAACUUGGGGAUAUGAACAAAAGCCCAAUUCCCCCACACGUGUCAACCUCUGUAAUCCGGUUCCUUCCCCAAAAGCAUUCUGUAGGGAAUAUCACCAGUGGCAGUAGUGAAAGUAUGGUUCACAAGAAAAUUUGCAAUCAGGAGAGCUUCUCUCCAGAGCUUUGCAUCAUUUUGAUGCAAUCCAGCAUCAGUUAACAAGCUGUCCUUUACAAUUUGUUGUCAGCAUCGCCCUUGAGCCAGUGUCACCAACUGGACUCAUCCACUUCAGCCCCGACUGGGCUAGGCAAGCUGGGUAGCACUUCCAGAGACCACCUUCUGCACAGGAACAGGUCAAAGUGCUGUGGACUCACAGCUUAGAGUUGUGAGCACCGGAUUCACUUCCACAAGAAGAUAGUCGUCACACAGCAGAGUCUAGCAGAGCGUAUAAAUGACUCGGAGAGCAGCUCUGUAGAAUAUCUUCUUUAUUCUAUAAUUACAACUAUAAUACACAACUAUAUACAGAGCUAAAUAGGUCUAAGCAUAAAUGAAUGCUGCACUGCACUGAGUGUCUGCAGCUGCUCUUAGCAGCAACCUUAUCUAUACACACGAUCUCUAACACUCAGUCUCUCUCUCUGACACUGACUGACUGACACUUUGAUGUGGUGCUGGAGCGGAAUAAGUAGAGAGGAGAAAACCGUCCCUCCUCUCUGGAGAAGCAGCAGAGAAUCUGCAGAUUCUUGGAUAUGGGAGGGGUGAAAUCUCCUCAUCUGUAUGAUUCCUACACGUCUCUCUGCAACUCCAUUUUUCCAGGGACUAUUUGGACAUGUAAGACGAUGCGUUAUUCCAUGGCGUUUAAGCCAUGCCUGGAAUGAUUACUUAAAUAUUCGCCUCCUCGGGCGGUUUGGAGUUGAAUAACUGGCCUUUGAAAACGUCCUUCUGCCCAUACCUUCCAGGACUUAAAAGCAUCAGCACAUUCUGAUUUGUUUCUCAAUAGAUAUAGCCAUGAAUACCUUGUUUUAUCAUCCACAAUAAUUAGGCAAUAUCUAGAUCCUCCCUCACUCUCUGGAAAAGGACCAAUUAAGUCAGAAUGAACAAGUUGCAAAGCAUGUAUAGAAAUUCUAUCACUUCUACCUGGUAUUGGUUGCAACUUUGUUUUUGCUUGCUUGCAAAUAGCACAUUCAAGGUAUGUGCUGCACUGGUUGACAUUUAAAUCUUUACAUAUUUUUUGCAUGUUCUCCAGAUAUUUGAAACUUGCAUGCCCCAUUUUUCUAUGCAAAGCAUGGAUGCAGUUUUUAUGCGGGCAAUUAGAGUUUUGCUGACAUAGUUCAGUUAUUAACACAUCCUUUUUUCCAGCUUUAGGUCUCUCUGUGACCCCAUCACUGGGCGGAGAAUACUGUAAAGAAUACAAGCCAUCCACCAUUUUUGUAGAAGCAAUUACCUUGCCCUGCUUCUUAAUAAAACACUCAUCACCCUCAAAAAUAAAUUCAAAACCAACAUUUGUAAGGCAUGAAAUUGACAAUAAAGAAAAUUCUAGUUCUUCAACAAACAAUACAUCCCUCAAUUCUGCAUGGCAAAUAACACAUACCUAUACCUGAGAUUGGGCAAUGCUGCCCAUCAGCAAGACAAAUGCUGUCCUUGCCUUUUGGCAAUUUGCUGAGUGUUGUAAAGCAGUCAGGGUUGUUCAUUAUGAUUCUGGCAGAGCCAGUCCAAAAUGUAGCCGUCUGGAAAAAAAAUCUUUUCUUUUCCUGCGGCGGCCGAGACGAAAUGCAUCCACUUUUCUGUCUCACAUGGAUCGCUCGCUUUUCCUUGGAUUUUCACACGGCAAUUUUUCUUCAUGUGCCUGAGCUUGCCACACCGAUAGCAUUUCUUUGCCAACAUGGCACAAUCUGUGGAACGUUCUUCGGUCCCAUCUUCUCAUGAGAAUCUGGGUCUCUGGUUAGCAGGGCGACUCAAACUCCACCAGUCUGCCUUCUCACUCAGCUUUUCCACGCACUUUUCAGAUUCCUCCUGUAGACGGGUUGUUACAUACGCCAUUGAUAAAUCUUCUUGCCUCAUGCUUUCAAGAGAGGCUAUGACAAUAUUAAAGCUUGGUGGGAGACUGGAUAGCAGGAUAUAGAUUUGAUCCAGGUCUAGAAAUCUUUUACCUCUCUUUGGAACUAGAGGAAUAAUGUGCAAAGUCUGGAGGUGUGUGACUAAACACCCACCUUCAGGUAGCGCAGUUCUGUACAGUCUCCUGUUGUUGUUGUUGUUGUUGUUGUUGUUUAGUCAUUUAGUCAUGUCCAACUCUUCGUGACUCCAUAGACCAGAGGACGCCAGGCACUCCUGUCUUCCACUACCUCCCGCAGUUAGUCCAAUUAUUGAACAAGCACUGUCAGACAGGUGUAUCUGACGUAGACGAUCCCAAUAUUGUUUGGCAGAGUACAAAUCUGCAAUGUGCAGGACCUGUGGUUCCUCUAGAGCCAACAAAAUAUGCGCUCUGGCUCUAUCAUCUUCUUCACCUUCCUGCUCAGAGGGUUGUGGCUUCAAACCAGUUUCCACACAGUGCCAAAGUCUAUCACGUUUUAGAACCAGUUCAAGCUUGAUGCUGCAUCGAGUCCGCUUCUUUGGUACGCGGUCUCACCACUGGACCUUCAGUCCCUUUGAGGUCCUCAGUGACAGUACCCUGAUUCUCCAGCUUUAGCAAUUCGCCAUCCAUAAAACACAAGGCCCAUAACCUGACACUCAGCGUAAAUUAAUAAUGCAGAGUUUUUAAGUGAAAGAAUAGGAGCUUUACUUAGUUAAAAUAAACUUCUUCAUAAACAACAUGGUUCCAAACAGUUUGACUGAGAUUACAUACUGACUCUGUUCCUCACAACUGAGGCAUACUGACUCUGACUGAAAUCUUGCAUAGAACACAGAGAGAAAAUGGCUGCUAAGUCACAUGUCAGAGUGACUCAACAGUUAGCAGUUAGGCCUGAAUAACUUGAGUAGGCCGAAAUGAUUGUGCAGUCCCAGCACUUCACAGCCUGCUUUGCUGCUUCUGCUCUCAUGUGUCUUUGUCACGUGACACAACUCCCUUCAGUUCUUCUCCAUUUAUUCCUGAGGCUCUAAUUUUGUCUUCAUUGCAGAUUGUGAUGAAUCUGAAAUCGAGAACAAAGGUGACCAAGAUAAAGUCCCCAGAGAGGAGAAGCCAGAUAAAAAUUUGGAGUGUGGAGAAAGCUGCAAACAGAACUCCCAUUCCACUUCCCUUCAACAAAAUCUUAUUGGAAAGAAACCCUAUCAGUGUGUGGAAUGUGGAAAGAGCUUCAGUCGGAGCGUCAACCUUAUUUCCCAUCAAAGAAUUCAUACAGGGAUGAAACCAUAUCAGUGUGUUGAAUGUGGAAAGAGCUUCACUGAUAGCUCAUCUCUCACUUCCCAUCAAAGAAUUCAUACAAGGGAUAAACAUUAUCAGUGUGUGGAAUGUGGAAAGAGCUUCAAUAAGAAGAACAGUCUUACUUCCCAUCAAAGAAUUCAUACAGGGGAGAAACCCUAUCAGUGUGUGGAAUGUGGAAAGAGCUUCAGUCAGGGUUCCUCUCUCACUUCUCAUCAAAGAAUUCAUACAGGGGAGAAACCCUAUCAUUGUUUUGAAUGUGGAAAGAGCUUCAGUCACAGCCCGAAUCUCACUUCCCAUCAAAGAAUUCAUACAGGGGAGAAACCCUAUCAGUGUGUGGAAUGUGGAAAGAGCUUCACUGAUAGCUCCUCUCUCAUCACUCAUCAAAGGAUUCAUACAGGGGAGAAACCCUAUCAGUGUGUGGAAUGUGGAAAGAGCUUCAGCCAGAGUUUCUCUCUCACUUCCCAUCAAAGAAUUCAUUCAGGGGAGAAACCCUACCAUUGCUUUGAAUGUGGAAAGAGCUUCAGACAGAGACAGAAUCUCACUUCCCAUCAAAGAAUUCAUACAGGGGAGAAACCCUAUCAGUGUGUGGAAUGUGGAAAGAGCUUCACUGAUAGCUCCUCUCUCACCUCCCAUCAAAGGAUUCAUACAGGGGAGAAACCCUAUCAGUGUGUGGAAUGUGGAAAGAGCUUCAGUCAGAACUCCUCUCUCAGUUCCCAUCAAAAAAUUCAUACAGGGGAGAAACCUUAUCAGUGUGUGGAAUGUGGAAAGAGCUUCAGUAAUAAGGACAGUCUUACUUCCCAUCAAAGAAUUCAUACAGGGGAGAAACCCUAUCAGUGUGUGGAAUGUGGAAAGAGCUUCACUACUAGCUCCUCUCUCACUUCCCAUCAACGAAUUCAUUCAGGGGAGAAACCCUAUCAUUGUUUUGAAUGUGGAAAGAGCUUCAGUCACAGCCCGAAUCUCACUUCCCAUCAAAGAAUUCAUACAGGGGAGAAACCCUUUCAGUGUGUGAAAUGUGGAAAGAGCUUCACUAAUAGCUCCUCUCUCACCUCCCAUCAAAGGAUUCAUACAGGGGAGAAACCCUAUCAGUGUGAGGAAUGUGGAAAGAGCUUCAGUCACAGUCAGAAUCUCACUUCACAUCAAAGAAUUCAUACAGGGGAGAAACCCUAUCAGUGUGUGAAAUGUGGAAAGAGCUUCAGUCAGAGCUCCUCUCUCACUUCACAUCAAAGGAUUCAUAAAGGGGAGAAACCCUAUCCGUGUGUGGAAUGUGGAAAGAGCUUCAGAAACAGCCGCAAUCUCACUUCCCAUCAAAGGAUUCAUACAGGGGAGAAACCCUAUCAGUGUGUGGAAUGUGGAAAGAGCUUCAGUAACAGCAAUAAUCGCACUUCCCAUCAAAGAAUUCAUACAGGGGCAAAACCCUAUCAGUGUGUGGAAUGUGGAAAGAGCUUCAGUCAGCGCUCCUCCCUCACUUCCCAUCAAAGAAUUCAUACAGGGGCAAAACCCUAUCAGUGUGUGAAAUGUGGAAAGAGCUUCAGUGACAGCCGCAGUCUCCCCUCGCAUCAGAGAAUUCAUACAGGGGAGAAACCCUAUCCAUGUGUGGAAUGUGGAAAGAGCUUCAGAAACAGCCACAAUCUCACCUCCCAUCAAAGAAUUCAUACAGGGGAGAAACCCUAUCAGUGUGUGGAAUGUGGAAAGAGCUUCAGACAGAGCUCCUCUCUCACUUCCCAUCAAAGAAUUCAUUCAGGGGAGAAACCCUAUCAUUGCUUUGAAUGUGGAAAGAGCUUCAGUCACAGACAGAAUCUCACUUCACAUCAAAGAAUUCAUACAGGGGAGAAACCCUAUCAGUGUGUGAAAUGUGGAAAGAGCUUCACUGAUAGCUCCUCUCUCAGCUCCCAUCAAAGGAUUCAUACAGGGGAGAAACCCUAUCAGUGUGUGAAAUGUGGAAAGAGCUUCACUGAUAGCUCCUCUCUCAGCUCCCAUCAAAGGAUUCAUACAGGGGAGAAACCCUAUCUGUGUGUGGAAUGUGGAAAGAGCUUCACUGAUAGCUCCUCUCUCACUUCCCAUCAAAGAAUUCAUACAGGAGAGAAACCCUAUCAGUGUGUGAAAUGUGGAAAGAGCUUCACUGAUAGCUCCUCUCUCACUUCCCAUCGAAGAAUUCAUACAGGGGAGAAACCCUAUCAGUGUGUGGAAUGUGGAAAGAGCUUCAGCGAUAGCUCCAAUCUCACUUCCCAUUAA